CAAGGUUGUUCUGGUGAACCUGUUGAUAUGCAUGGUAGUUUUCUACACUGUGUACUAUGUGGUCCUAUCUGUGUGCUUCGCAGUAUUCAAGAUUAAAAUGUUGGAUGGUUUGGCACCUUUUGAUUUUAAGACAAAUCCCUCAUGGAUUAACCCAUAUUAUUUAGUUCUUGUGAUAUCGUUGGAAAUAACCUUCUUCAUUUGUGGUCUGCUGUUUGCCCUGGUUGUGGAAGAAUGGGUUUGGGAUUACGCUGUAACAGUUACUAUUAUUCAUAUCAUCAUAACUUCAGUCGUUAUGUCUGAAUUCCCCCUGAUGUUACACUGGUGGCUGGCAUUAGGAUCUGGAGUAAUUUCAAUGAUUUGUGGAGGACAGAUUUUGUCAUACUGCUUGUUCAAAGACAACUUCAUUUACCCAGUUCUAGAUGAUUUUUGAAAAGGAAUAGUGGAACUUGCCUUUAUAUUUAUAUGAAUUCUAUGGUUUCAUUAACAACAUAAUUAAAAUGAAGUUAACAACUGUCUAAUUGUAAAGCUAAUAUUUAGCUUACCAGACCUCUUGUAUCUUACAUUUGUUUGCAAUGUCAAUGUCAUCACUUUUAGCUGUUGUAUGUAAUCACUUUUAGCUUUUGUAUGUACAUUUUCCAUUAAGCAAAUGAUUAGAUACACUGUCUCUUUUAAAUAAACCAUACGGAGGAUAAGAGCAAUGAUGCAACACUCUUGCAAAAUUCUACAAGGAAAA